UCACACUGACACUUUAGUUCUCACCGUCGCCGUCGUUUAUCCGUGUAUUUUGGAUCCCGUUCCGUUUUUUAAUUAUUGUUUUUAAUUAAUCAAGGUGUGUGUGUUUUAUUGAGCCAGCCACAGCCCAGGAUCGGCAGUGAGGGCGUGCGCGGUAGCUAAGUUUUUUAUCGGGCGGCUGAUAGAAGUGAAUCAGAAGCGAAAAGCCGUGUGAAAAGAUGUACGUGAUGAUUUUCCGCUCAUAGUGGAUAAAGUAAAGGCGAGCCUACACACACACACCUGCGCAUAUUUACAGCACAAAAUAUAUACAUAAUUCAGGCGAAAUUAUAGUGACAAGGCGGCGUCCGAGUGUGUGCGUGUGUGUGCUAACUUUCUUCGCGAAAAACAAUGUCGGCACGUUCCAGCGGCUCAGUGGCCGCUGUGGCCGCCGCCACCUCUUCCACCUCAGCAUCCGGCGGAGGUGAUGUGCCCCGACCGCCGCCCCGCAGGCGGGCUGCCUCGGUUGCAGGACAACAGCAGACGCGGAUGGAGUUUGGAAACGGACACACGCCACGUCGAUCGUUGGCAGCAGUGAACGACUCUGGCGACUCGUGUCACCUGCGAAUCGUUGUCCUCAGUGGGCAGUCGCUGGCCAAGAAGGACAUUUUCGGUGCCAGCGAUCCGUAUGUCAGAAUCGAUUUGAACACAAUCAACGGUGAUAUUAAUAUUGACUCUGUGUUGACGAAAACCAAAAAGAAGACUUUAAACCCCAUUUGGAAUGAAGAGUUCAUAUUCAGAGUUAAACCCUCUGAGCAUAAGCUCGUCUUUCAAGUAUUUGACGAGAAUCGUCUGACACGCGACGACUUCCUGGGCAUGGUCGAGCUGACCCUGGUGAAUCUGCCCACCGAGCAGGAGGGUCGCACCAUCGGCGAACAAAGCUACACUCUGCGCCCGCGCAGGUCAGUAGGCGCCAAAUCCCGCAUCAAGGGCACCCUGCGGAUCUAUCAUGCCUUCAUCCGGGAGACCCGGGAACAAAGCGAACCCUCCAGCGGCAACAGCGAUGGCGAGUGGGAGCGUGUGGAGGCCGACUCGGCGGGCGAGACCAACGCCCAGCCACAUCCGUUUGCCAGUGGCGGUCACGAUUCGUUGCCGGCUGGCUGGGAGGAGCGACAGGAUGCCAAUGGACGGACUUAUUAUGUGAAUCACACGGCCAGGACAACGCAGUGGGAGCGACCAACUGUCUUAAACACCAACCUCAACCAGGCGUCAGACCAACUGGGCUCGGACUUCCAGAGACGCUUUCACAUCAGCGUGGAUGAAACGGAGUCGGGACGAUCGGCGAGGUCGAGGAAUGCUGCCCAAAUGGAGGCAUUGGCCAGCGACGACGACGACGAGACCAGCAACGAGGAUGCGGAUGGGAAUCAGGCCAAUUGCCUGCACUGUGGCGAGGUGCAUGAAAGGGAUGAUGACGAGGAGGAGGAGGAGGAGGGAGAGCCAGAUGAUGAGGAGGAGGAUGUGGUGGAGGUGGACAAUGUGGAGCUCCAGCCACCGCAUCCGGAUGGCGAACAAACCGCGCAAACUUGUGAUAUUCUCGAUAGGAACUUGUACCUGAACCGCAUAUUUAAUGAAGACACCGAUCACACAGACAGCCACAAUCCCUCCGAGAUCUCAGCUCCGUCCACCCGACGCAAUUCCGAGGAAGACAACGCGGCUGUGCCUCCCAUGGAUCAAAACGCUGCCGGCGAGGAGGAGGCACUGCCGCCCCGCUGGUCCAUGCAGGUGGCCCCCAACGGCCGGACCUUCUUCAUUGAUCAUGCGGCUCGUCGCACCACCUGGAUAGAUCCCCGCAAUGGACGCGCCAGUCCCAUGCCAAAUCAGACACGACGCGUGGAGGAUGAUCUGGGACCUUUGCCCGAGGGCUGGGAGGAGCGGGUGCACACCGAUGGACGUGUAUUCUACAUAGAUCAUAACACACGUACCACUCAGUGGGAGGACCCACGCCUCUCCAAUCCAAAUAUUGCUGGUCAGGCGGUGCCCUAUUCCAGAGACUACAAGCAGAAGUACGAGUAUUUCAAGAGUCAUAUUAGAAAGCCUACCAACGUACCAAAUAAAUUUGAAAUCCGUAUCCGCCGUACAUCAAUCCUGGAGGAUUCUUACCGAAUCAUUAGCUCGGUGACGAAGACCGAUUUACUAAAGACUAAAUUAUGGGUAGAGUUUGAGGGAGAGACUGGUUUAGAUUAUGGUGGCCUUGCCAGGGAGUGGUUCUACUUGCUUUCGAAGGAAAUGUUCAAUCCCUACUACGGUCUCUUUGAGUAUUCGGCCAUGGAUAACUACACGCUGCAGAUCAACAAUGGCAGUGGUUUGUGCAACGAAGAGCAUUUAAGUUACUUCAAAUUCAUUGGCCGUAUUGCUGGUAUGGCUGUGUACCAUGGCAAGCUGCUGGAUGCCUUUUUCAUUCGUCCAUUCUACAAGAUGAUGCUGCAGAAGCCCAUUGACCUGAAGGACAUGGAGUCUGUGGACACCGAGUACUACAACUCACUGAUGUGGAUCAAGGAGAACGAUCCCCGGAUACUGGAGCUAACCUUCUGUCUGGACGAGGACGUAUUUGGCCAGAAGAGUCAGCAUGAACUGAAGCCAGGUGGUGCCAACAUCGAUGUAACCAACGAAAACAAGGACGAAUACAUCAAACUCGUUAUUGAAUGGCGUUUCGUGGCGCGCGUCAAGGAGCAGAUGUCCGUGUUCCUGGACGGCUUUGGCUCGAUCAUCCCCCUGAAUCUGAUCAAGAUCUUUGACGAGCACGAGCUGGAGCUGCUGAUGUGCGGCAUUCAGAACAUCGAUGUGCGGGACUGGCGCGAGAAUACGCUCUACAAGGGCGAUUACCACAUGAACCACAUCAUAAUCCAGUGGUUCUGGCGAGCAGUGCUCUCCUUUUCGAACGAGAUGCGUUCGAGACUGCUGCAGUUCGUCACUGGUACAUCGCGUGUGCCCAUGAAUGGUUUCAAGGAGCUGUACGGCUCCAAUGGUCCCCAAAUGUUCACUAUCGAAAAGUGGGGCACACCCAACAACUAUCCAAGGGCGCAUACCUGCUUUAAUCGCCUGGACUUGCCACCCUACGAGGGCUACCUGCAGCUGAAGGACAAGCUCAUCAAGGCCAUUGAGGGCAGCCAAGGAUUUGCUGGUGUUGAUUAAUAACACCGGCAACGGGAGCGACAGCACGGGCGACAAUGAAUGGCUUUGGCUCGUGGUGCAGCAGCAAUUUCUGCAGCACCAGCAAGAGGAGGAGCAGCAGCAACAACAACAGCAACAACAACAACGACUCCAAACAUCACAACAACGACAAUUACAGCAGCAGCCAGAAAAUCAUCGGAUGAACCGCCGAAUCAUUUCAACCACUUGGAACAGCACCGCCAGCCAAUCGUGUACUUAUUUGUUCGUUUGCUUUUGUAUUAUAAUCAUUUUUGCUAGUUUAGUGUUAUUUCGUAUGUAUUUUAACUAGGCGCCAAACAAAACUCAACACAUACUACACACACAACAUAUACACCAAUUAAACUAAAACGAGAUAUAAUCCAAAUAUGUAAUGCUGCGCAUGGUGAACCACAAGAACCUAACAAAGAGUCCAAAUUAUAUAUAAAUAUAUUUAUUACUACAUUGCCGACAAUUGUAAAAAGUUGAAAACGUUUUACAAACUAAGUGAGAAACCCUAACUAACUAUUAAAUCUAUAUAGAGUCAAACAAACAAACAAAGAAACAAAAAUAUAUAUAUAUAUCUUUUACCUAUAUGCAGAGAACCUUUUUAUAAUUGUUAUUUUUAUGCGCUAUUCCUCUAAACGUGCCCCGCCACAAAUACCUAAGAAUGGCGGGAUAAAAAAUGUAUAUCUAUAAAGUAAAUGCAAGUUAAUAUUUGUAAUCUGAUAAAUGGAUAUUUUUAAACGAAAAUUAAAUUUUUUAUUCUGUGUAAUUGUAUGUGUAUUCAAAAUAAUGAUAAUGUUAGUCCGUAAAAGUCGCUCUUUACUAUUUAAUAAAAAGACAAACAAUUAAAUUAAUAUAAAUAUGAAAAAAUGAAAUGGAAUGAAAUCAAAACGAAACUAAAUCUAAAAAAAAAAUAUGAUUCAAAUCAAUGUAUAUUGUAUAAAUGUUAAUUAUAUAUACACCACCCACACACAUUCCAAAUGUUUAUGGCGAAAGAGUAACUCUGCAAAAUGGAGGCCUAAAUGAUAAUAUGAUUAUUGAUCUGUAGGAAGUCUAUCGAAAUUAAAUUUUAAAGUCAAAUGGCGAGGAGUGGAACGUCUGUUUCGAAGUCAGAGAGCGACUGGAAGAGUAAUGAUUACCAAUAAAGAAGGUUACAUUUUAAGAGAUUUAAA